AUGAGAUGCGGAGGGCGGAGCACAGACGCACGUUUUCCUUCCAUAAAUGAACCAAAGACUGUGCAGCUGCCUGUAACAAACGCUCCUAAACACUAUAUCUUCGUUGAGAGACGUCAAAUCGCCAACAUGUCUGACAAGAAGGCAGUGAUAAAGAAUGCAGACAUGUCUGAUGAAAUGCAGCAGGAUGCAGUGGACUGCGCCAUGCAGGCUAUGGAAAAGUACAACAUUGAGAAGGAUAUCGCCGCCUAUGUCAAAAAGGAGUUUGACAAGAAGUACAACCCCACAUGGCAUUGCAUUGUCGGGAGGAACUUUGGCAGCUACGUGACGCACGAGACGAAGCAUUUCAUCUACUUCUACCUGGGCCAGGUGGCCAUUCUACUGUUCAAGUCAGGCUGAAAUCCAAACAUGCCCUCCUAAAACUACUUUUAAUUCAGCCCUUAUUUGUGCCAUGCUGUACAUUUGCUACCACCUUUCUGCAGACAUGCUUUCCUCUUGGUUUCUUGCUUCAGUCGGUUAUUGUUUGCCACCUACAGCACUAACACCGUCGGUGGAUGGCGCUUUAGUUAUGCCUGGACUGGUGAUGUGCCAUUCAGAGAGAUUGUAAAACUACUCCCCAUGCCAGCUCUCAUUCAGCAUUUGCACAUCAGACAGACUCACCAUGACUCAAUUUCUGGAUAUUAUUUUUGCUGUGCAUUGAUGCACGGUGCUUGUACAUUGUUUCAUAUGGGUAUGUUGUAUAAUAACUUAUUUUUCAUGGAAUUAAAAUGAGCAACAGACAGUUUUUGUUGAAAUGCCUUUAAUUUUCAGUGUCGACUGAGAUUGAAUAAAAAUGCCAAGACUGUUGCUUACACUUAAUAAAGAAUAUCACCUGCUGAGAGAUUUAAGCUUUUGUACAUGCUUGAACAUUCCUGUUUUCACUUCAGUUGUGAAUAUUUACAAUGUUACUGUUGUAUAUCUGCAGUGUAAUUUAAUGUGCAGUUUGAUAUUGUGACAUUUUCAACAUGUUAAGCACAAAAUGACAGUAAAUUGGUUCAAAAUGUG